CCACAGUUUUCCUAUAGGCUGGCAGGAAGGAUAAAUGAAAAUGUGGUUAGGGCUAUUUUUAUUGACCAGUUGAAUGCAGCUUUGAAAGCUUAAAAGGAUCAAAUACUCCUGCCUCCUCCUAUUCUUCUGCUUCUUUCAUUGUCCCUCUGCAGUAAAUUUCAUUUACAGUCUCCAAAGAGCUUUGUCUGCCUAUGGAAAAGAACCCCACCCUAUCUAGUCUCUCUUCAUGCCCGAAUUGCUUCAGUUUAAAGUGCUACAUUCAAAAUGCCAGAACCUGUAGAAAGUCGAAAAUCACAGCAUCUCGUAAACUCUUGCUUAAGAGCUUGCUGUUGGCUAAAGCAGCAGAAGAAUUAGCUCAAGAAACAGCAGAAAAAAAUGAUGAAAAAGAAAGAUUUCUUGGCGAACGAGUUCCAACUGUAAGAAUUGCUGGCCUGUCCUCCACUCAGCUGCAGGAACUCUGCCAGGAACUCCAUGAGAAGGUGCAUUUAGUGGAUGAAGAGCGAUAUGAUAUUGAAGCCAAGGUGAUACACAACACAAGAGAGAUUCAAGACUUGAAUCUGAAAGUUUUUGAUCUCAGAGGGAAGUUCAAGCGCCCGACCCUUCGUCGGGUUCGUGUGUCUGCUGAUGCUAUGCUAAGGGCCUUGCUGGGAUCUAAACACAAAGUAUCCAUGGAUCUGAGAGCUAACCUGAAGUCAGUCAAAAAAGAAGAUUCAGAAAAGGAACGCCCUAUUGAAGUUAGUGACUGGCGUAAAAAUGUGGAGGCAAUGUCUGGAAUGGAAGGCAGAAAGAAAAUGUUUGAUGCUGCUAAAACUGGUUCUGGCCAAUGAUUUUGCUUCAAGGAGUUCAAGAAAUUGCUACCUUCCACAGCUUUAGAGACGUGCAUUUCUCUGCAUUUGAAGUUGUCCAGAAUUGCUUGAAGUAAAUACGAUUUGCACUGGAGAGAAGAUGAAGGAAUACUAUUUUAAGGCAGCCAAAAUAAGGAAAUGAGCUAUCUGAUAGAGUGCUCUGGUUUUCUGCAUUUGAUGUAAAUUCAGAUAAAAUAAAACUACAUUUAAACCCCCA